GUCGUAAGAAGAAGUGUAAUAUGAUUUCAUGAAUAUUUCAGGUCUAAAUGUUGCAAUUGCUCGUCUUCAUUUCGCGUGGUUUUGCGUUAUAGUGAAUACAUAAUUGCUUCCCACAAUAUGGUACAUAACCAUCCAUGCAGCAGGGUGUACAUGCAGAAUGACCCAUGGUAUAGACGACUAACAGUUGAAGAGAAAGAAAAUGUGGAACCACUUCUUCAGCAAUCCCACUCAUCCGAUGAAAUAAUAAUGCAUGUUAAGGAGAAGUACCACAAGGAUAUAACUCGCAUCGACGUUAAAAAUAUGAAAGCCGCAGUUAAUAAAGGUAACGUUGACGUACUUGUUAAAUACUUAAGGUAUUUCGAGUCGUCGUGACAUUUUUGAAUUCCUAAAAUCCCGUGGGAAGUUAAUGGAGUAUUAUUCCGAUGAACCGAUCAGGAAUUCACUAACAAGAAUUUGUUUUGCAACUUAUGAGCAAAUGGAAUUGUAUAAACAGUUCCCUGAAGUUGUUGGUAUCGACUCGACGUAUAAUACAAAUAAGGGGAAGUAUUCUUUGUUCCAAUUACUUGUGACGGAUAAUUUUGGUCGUGGACGACCAGUUUUAUUUGCGUGGACUAGAAAAGAAUUCAAACGAGAUGUAGUUUGGAUAUUAGACUGUUUUCGUCAAAUAAUGGAAGACACCUCCAAAACAGAAUCUUUCAUUAUGGAUUGUGCGCAAGCUGAAAUAGCAGCCGUCAAGUUAACGCACAGACAAGCGCACAUUGUUUUGUGUUCUUUCCAUGUUUGCCGAGCAUUCUGUCGGAAAGUAAGUUUUUCAAAGCAUACUUUACAUUUUAUUCGUAGACAAGAAAUCCCAUUGUGAAGAACUAUUUAUGCCGUCUAGUGCAGUGUAAAAGGAGAUCAGA